AUGAAGAAAAAGUCCCACAGCGCAUCCAGCCUCCCCCCCUCCCUCCUUCCCUCCUCUCUCCCUGUCUCUCAGCCGGCUGUCGGGUCCGCCCUCCUCCCCGCUGCUAUGGCCGCAGAGGCUGCCGGUCGGGAUGAUGCGACGGCCGAACCUGCAGACUGCACCGAGAUGGAGGAGCGGCUGAAGGAGGAGAGAAUGAAGGUUGAUCUGGAGGCUUCUCUGCCUGCUGGACAGGAGGAUUACGCCAUCCAGUGCCGAGAUGUGUGCCGGUCAUACGGCAAACUGAAGGUCCUCAGCAACCUCAACCUGACUGUACCACAAGGACACAUAUAUGGUCUUUUGGGCCCUAGUGGAUGUGGGAAGACCACGCUGCUGAAAUGCAUUGUGGGAACUCUGAAAAUCUCACGGGGUCACAUCACGGUGUUGGGAAAACCACCUGCAUUUCCUGGUCAUGAUGUGCCAGGGAAGAUGGUUGGAUACAUGCCACAGGACCUGGCGUUGUACAACGAGUUCACCAUCAGCGACACUCUGACCUUCUUUGGCCGAAUCCACGGCCUGACAUCCAGGGAAACCCAGGCACGCAUGAAUUUCCUCAUCGACUUCCUGGAUCUACCUCAGAAGCACAGCCUGGUCCGAAAUCUCAGUGGGGGUCAGAGGCGCAGGGUGUCUCUGGGAGCAGCUCUGCUUCAGAAUCCAGAGCUGCUCAUCCUGGAUGAACCGACAGUCGGUGUGGACCCUGUGCUCAGGGCCAAGAUCUGGCAGCAUCUGGUGGAGAUUGUGAAAACAGGGAAAGUCUCUGUCAUUAUCACCACACACUACAUAGAGGAGGCCCGGCAAGCCAAUGUGGUUGGUCUGAUGAGGAACGGCCAUCUGCUGGCUGAAGGUCCUCCAGAUGCAGUCAUGAAACAGCAUCAGUGCAACAGUGAGUACUGUUUGAACCCCCAGUGGACUGUGUGGACACCCAGGGGUGCUGGUAGUCAGGGCAAGGAGAUACAGUAUACUGACACUCUGGUCCCUGUUCACCUGCAUUAUCCUCUCCUGCAGACCCUGGAGCACGCCUUCCUGCAGCUUUGUGAGACAUCAGAUCAGAUUGACUCUAAACGGGGAUCCAGUCCACAGGGUGGGCCAUUAGAGAACAGCCAAUCGUUUGAGAGCGGGAGAGACGAGAGUCGGCCAAUUCUUGGGGUCGGACCAGGAGCCACAGAGGAAGUUCCCAAAUAUUCAGCGGACUGGAAGGUGCGGGCCAGACACCUGCUGCCAAAGUGGAGAAACAUUGCCGCCCUGAUGAUCAAAACAAUGGUGCGGAUGAAGAGGAUGCCGGGCUCGUUGUGUUUCCAGUUCUUGCUGCCCGUCAUCCAGAUCUCUCUGAUUUGUUUGUGUGUUGGAGGAGAUCCAAGGGGGAUCCAGGUUGCCGUAGUGAACAACGAGACCUCCCCCUCCGCUUACAGCCAAUCACUGCUUUCCUUCCUGGACAACUCCAGUGUGCACCAGGUGCCCUUGUCCCAUACAGAGGCUUUUGAUGGGAUCUAUAAUGGAGAGUACUGGGGUGUCAUCGGCUUUGGCAAGAACUUCACCAGCUACCUGACAAAAAGGAUGUUGCAGCGGCAAGUUUCUAGAGAGGUGGUUGAUGGAGGAUCAGUACACGUUUGGCUGGACCUGACAAAUCGACAAAUUGCCCUUAUGCUGCAGAAGAAGCUUCACGAGGCCUUUCAGGCUUUUGUAGAUAAUAAGUUGGGCAGCAUGUCAUACCUGGUUGCCCUGCCAAUAAAGUUUGAGGAGCCCAUCUAUGGCAGCCAAAACACAGACUUCACUACGUUUGUGACACCAGGAGCUGUGCUCAGUAUCACCUUCUACCUGGCUGUGGGUCUGACAGCUCUCUCCUUUGUCCUGGAGAGGAAAGAGGGGCUUUUGGACAGGUGCUGGGUCGCAGGUGUGAGCUCUAUGGAGACAAUGCUGGCUCAUCUCUUCUCUCAGCUGUUUGUCAUCAGCGUUCAGAUCAUCCUGCUGCUGCUCUUCAUUUUGCUCGUCUUCAAGAUGCCUAACGAAGGCUCCUUGGUGCUGGUCAUAAUUCUGAUCGUGCUGCAGGGAGUCACUGGCAUCUCGUUUGGCCUCGUCAUCUCCGCCGCAAUCGAUGAUGAGCAGAGCGCCAACCAGGCCGCCCUGGGCAUAUUCUACCCCAACCUCAUCAUCAGUGGUAUCAUCUGGCCUGUGGAGUGUAUCCCGUAUCCUCUCCGCUACCUCAGCCUGGCUCUGCCUCAGACCUACGCCUCUGAAGCCCUUCGCUGUAUCAUGUACAGAGGUUGGGGUCUGUCUCGGAUGAUGGUGUGGCGAGGCUUUGCGGUCACCCUGGGCUGGAAUACUUUCUUCCUCAUCCUGGCCACAGUCAUCUUGAAGCUGAGGACGUGACAGCUUUGUACUACAGAUCAUCCUUCGGUGUGGGGACAGAGUUAUCGGAGUAAAGUCCAGGAUACAAAGACUCACCUGGGCCUCCUCUAUUUGUGAGCACAGAGGCAGCAGAGAGCAAAAUGGGGAGGAGGGGAGGAGGUGUUAAUGGACUAAUUGGUUGAUGCGUCAGUCUCCCUCCUCCAAAUUACACACACACACACACACAAACACAAAUAUGCUCAUGCGGUCCUCAGCCAGCUGCCUGAUCCUGCAACAGUUGCUUUGGCCUGUUCAAGAGUGUGUGAAAUUUCAAAAUGCUGCACAUAGAAGUACACAAAAAAUGCACAAUAUGACAAAAUGUGUUAAAUUGCGAACGUUAAAUAAGGAUGGUGUGUAGUCUUAUAGUUUGUUUCACUUCUAUUUGCAGCUUGUUAAAACUUUUCACCCCCAGAAUGGGCCAGGUGCCAACUCAGGGUCACUUUUUUGUUUCUGUUUGCCCUCGGUCUUAAAGCUAAUAGAGAGAUUCUGCUAUGAUACACUUCAUUUUGAAAUAGGUAAGGCCUAAGCAGUCCGUUUUGGGGGGAAAAAAAGGAAAAAAUUGUGGUGAAUAUGCCCUAGGACAUUUGUUUUUGUCUUCUCCUUCCUUACAUUUACAUUAUAGAGAAAAUGUCAACUUGACAGAAAAUUAGUCUUGUUAUGAGAAUGUAAAAACUGUUUUUUUUCUUUACAUGCAGAGAAAGUGAGAAGAGGUUUGCUGUUGCAAUAUGUCGUGGGAACCCAGAAAAGUGCUGAUCUCUUCAUAUUUGUCCAGGAAAUUCUCACCCAUUCAGGCUUCCCACAGCUCUAGUGUCUUCUUUUGUUGUUUGUUUGUUGUAUCUGCGUUCAGUUUUACAUCCUGUCUCGCGUGUGACAGGAAGCAGUAACCGCGUCUCAUCUCGGUGCGUUACCAGGUGCUCAAGCGCAAACUGUCGCGUACAGACGGGGCAGUCGUAGUUGCCAUUCUUAGUUCAAGUAGACGGUGUUUUCCAUAACUGUUUUGUGCCUGCAUCUCCUGUGGGAGAAAUAAUAGUGGGGUUUGAUGUUGGUGGAGGGAAAAUAUUGUUACUGUCACAGUUUUUGAUUAUUCUCCACUUUGCUGGACAGAGUGGAGGAAGUCGGAUAGAUUUUUCUCACAGGUCAGGUGUGCCAUGCUCUUCAAGCUGUAUGCAGCAUCUGAGCAAAAUAUGCUUUAUUUUUUAUGCAGAAGUUUCAAACUGCUCAUACUUUAUGUUUUGUGUUUGUAUCUUCCACCAACAGUAACUAAAGCACACUGUUUUGGAUUCAACAUGUCAUGGAGAUGUGCCUUUGGGUUGUUGUGUUGUCUGCACUGUGGGGAAAGGGAAGAAAAAUCCAAGCAAAAUCCAGAAAUGGGGAAUAUCUAUAAAAUCCGACCACCGUGUCGUUGGAUUGUUGGUUUAGAGCUGGUGGGAAGCAAAAAUAACUGAGCUUGGUUUCCUUUCCUUUUGUGUACAAGUAAUCGGUAAUGAAGGAGGCUACAUUUGAAGCUAACUCUUUAGGAUUCUUUGACUUUUUAUUAAUGGAUUUUUUUUUAAAUACAACACAAGAACCUUCUUUUUUAAAACAGUAGUUUGGAAUUGUGGGGUAUUUUUCCUGUUAGAAUUGAGAUUUUUAAUGUUUCUUUUUUCAUUUUGUAUAAACAAACAUGAAACAACAUGUUAAAAUAAUGAUUAUAACUGGAAAUGAUAAGAAGAAGAAAAACCUAAUUACAAAAAAAAAGUAACUGUUUCCUGUUAAAUAAAAAAAAUUCUCUGUAACAUCAACAAAUUUUAAUUCCUAAGCCAGUGAUUUGUCUGACUACAUACAUGCUGCAUUUAAAGGAAUUGUUCCACAUUUUAGACAAGACCCUUAUUUGCUGUCUUUCCAAGAGUUAGAUGAAAAGAUGGGUAUUACUGUCGUGUCUGUACGCUAAAAAUGGAGCUUAGUACAAUGACUGGAAACAUGGGGAAACGGCUAUUUUCAUUCUGCCAAAAAGUAACCUAGCACCUCUUAAACAAAAUAAUAAAUACAAGAACUGGGCUGAUGCAGAACGCCCUGUAAAACCAUGUUUUUACAUUUUGUUUUCCGCACUGAUAACGUGAAUUGCAGGCUGUAGUUUGUAGCUUUAUCACGCAAACUUGAGAGUGGCAUCAAUCUUCUCAUCUAACUCUCUCCUAAGGAAGCACAUAAGCGAAAUGUUAAAACUAUCUGUCUGAAACCUUUGACAGACACUCAGAGCUGAAAAGGCAGCAGUCUACAGCCUCAGUCCAGCAUCACAUGUUGUGCCAAACUAUCAAAGAUUUCUACAUGUUUACAUUCAUUUAGAUGCAUGCUUGAUAACUCAGAAUAUAUUUUCAUUGGCAGAUGUUUGACCUAGUUCAGCUGUAGACCUAAAUACAUAUAUACCAGCAUGUGUUGUGUUUAGAUAUGUUGUGAAUGCUCCUGCUCUCUUGUAGCCAUGAUGCUGCAUGAUGCAGUGCUGCUAAUGGAUAAUUUAUGUGUCCAUUAACUGGAAAAAUAAUGAAUCUAAAUGACUGCAAAUCCCUCUGAUUGGUUUGUGUCAUGGUCUAAUGGUACAGAUGUGUGUAUAGUAUGCUGUGUGUAAUGUUAGAUGUUGAAUCUCUAGGAGAGCGUUUCCUGCAAUGUAAAUCUGCUGUUGUUGCUCUGCUGUACAUUCAUCAGUGUUCCUAUCGCACAUUUUAAGGGACAUUGUGUUCUUGUUUGGUAGAAAUAGGGGAGUGGUAGCCUCUUGCUCUUACAGACACAGCUUUCUAUUAUGUCCAGAUGAUACACACGCCCCUAAAUGGACUCAGCUGUAUUUUUGCCAAACUGUGAGGAUAUUUCUGUAGCUCUGCUCAUAUUCUUAUCUUGACAGAAAGUUGAAGAUGAAUCUCGCAUCAUGACGGGAUUAACCUCUGUGCCUCACUUGACUCCCAUACCACAAUAAUGUACCUUUGGAAAGUUUAAAAAAGUGGACAAUCACUGGUAAAAUUUGUACAACUUAUGUCAAAGUGUGAACACUAUUUGAUAACAUUGUGAGUGUGCUUUUUUUCCUUGACAAUUUCUGGACAAUUUAAAUAUUAUUGCCAACACUUUGUGUUAAAUCUGUGUAAGAUUGUCAUAUGUUUAUUUUUGUUCUAAAAUACUAUCCACUAUGGAGGAAUAACCUUAUGUUCACACUGAAAUAUCCAUGCUCCUGUCUGUUAAUCUACCUGCAAAACCAACCAGCUAUUAUGUAUAACAUUUAAGAUUUACAUGAACUGCAACCAUCCUGCUGGAAACAAUUUUAAAUCAGCUGAUUAAAUGGCUUCUCAGUAAAGUAUUCUACUCCUAUAAUACUAGAUAUUGUCUUAGAUUUUUUUCGCCAUGCUAGCUGCAUUCUUUCAUAAUAGUGAUGUGGCUCUGGGGAUCACUGUGUUGGUUGAACAGUCCGUCUGAAAUAACGUGGUCCCCAGAUGAUGAAUCCCAAAUUGUUGUGAAAUUUGGUACGUUCACUCCCCAGAGGAUGAUUUAUUAUAACUUUGAUCUCCUGACCUUUCAUUUAGCACCACCAUCAGGUCUGCGAUGUAAAUUGUCUAAACAAAGAGCGUUAAGUUAACACUAAUGCCCUGCAAACCAACUUUCUCAAUUAGUUUCUUAUUCCUAACAAUUGGUCCUAAAUAAACAUGAUUUAUUUGAAGCAUUUAGUAUACAUUUUGAGUAUUAUUCAGUUAGAAAAAGGUGAUGACAUAUAUUUCUGUGCACUAGGCAUGGCAUCAGACUUUUAGCAAUAUGUGAAUAGCAAUCUGAUACCAGCUGUGGGUUGUUUGCUCAUAUCACCAGGGCAGUGUCAGUCAAAUUAUAGUCAAGAUGAAGCAGAUUAGCUGCCUGUUAAGCCUUUAGUAAAUAACACCCACGCAUGCUUAUUUAGUAACAAAUAUUUAACCCUAUCAAGCAAUACUUUCAAACCAGGCUAAAACUGAAACAUUUAAUUUGGCCUUUAUUAAUAUUUUCAACUAUCUCCUCACUUAGGUUAAUGUCACUAGAAAAUGCCGUAACUUACUAUAAUAGCAGUUAUAGUAAUUGCAGUUCAUGUAAACAUAUACAACGCUAUGAAAGUUUAUGUUGCCAGGAUGUACCAUGUCUACUCUGCUCCAAACGCCACUCAACUACCUCCGCUGCCUCUCCCCAAAGGGCAUGUAAAGCAUUUCCACCCCUGUGUUGUGACACGUAUGCACUGUGAUGGCAGACAUGCUUCGAUGAAGUUCUGUUCAUGUAUUUUCAAACAAUAAACCUUGUGGAG